GACGGCGAUUCGGAGAUUGAGGGUGGAUGGGCGACUUGUCUUGAAGAAAUGCUCAGAUACGAUAAGAAGAUGAUCGAGGACUGGAACGAUGAGAUCAACACUAUACUUAUUUUUGCUGGUCUUUUCUCCGCAGUUCUCACAGCCUUCACCGUCGAGUCGUACCAGAUGCUGCAGCAGGACCCAGAACAAGCAUCGGCGGUUACGCUGUCACAGAUUUCGCUUCAGCUGGAAAGUUUUUCGGUCAACCCUGCAUUCAUCAAUUCUACGUAUAUUCCAUCACCCCGAACCACGUCCAUAGCAGAGGCCGCAACACGUAUCAACAGCCUCUGGUUCACAAGUCUCGUCCUCAGUUUGACGUCAGCAUUGACCGCUAUCUUCGCUCGUCAGUGGCUUCGCGAGUACGUCCCUUGGCAUCUAGCUAUUCCCAAGGAGAAACACCUUUCCUCGCCACGAGAAACCGUCCGCCUCCGGCAGUUUCGUCACGAUGGCCUGGUUCGCUGGCGUGUGCCGGCAGUGAUGAACGCCAUCUCCAUCUUCCUCCAGAUGGCUGUUGUCCUUUUUCUAGCAGGACUCACCGAGUUCGUUUGGACGCUCAACCGGAUC